CCACCACCACAAAUAACCUCUUCCAUACAAUGUCUAACGAAUUGCUCAGUAAUGUCUAUGUUAUCAGCAACGUUGCUUUCAAAGGCAACAGCGUAAACACCCUUCAUGCCUCGGGUGACCACCCCAGGAAAUUGGCUUUAUUCCCAGGAACGCAAGAAAGCUUGAAGUUCAAAAUGUUGGCGGCGGUCGUUAUAUCAUCACUGCCACUGGCACAAACGCCGCUAUCAUCGAUAACGCAGUUUAUGGAGUCUUCCAUCAACCUCCUGUCACUGAGCGUUGGACCCUUGAGUAUCACCCGCAAUACAAUGCUUAUACCGUCAAUGCUACUUCUCAACAUGGCGCUUGGACACUGCCUAAGGGAGACUUGCACACUCAGGUUGUUGUCCAUCCGAUUACUGCACACCCUACAUCGGAAGAAUUCAAGAAAUCCUUAUUCACUUUCACUGGACCUGGCCCUCACGCGCACGAUGAGUGAAGGCAAGGCGGUGGACUUCAGGCAAAAUCUUUGUGAGCUUGUAUAAAUAUCGUACCCGGUACAUUCAUUGCAAUGUACCAGCAUAUAUCAAAAAACUACCAUUGUAUUCCGUGUAGCUCUGAAUAAACACAUGUAUACGAGUGUCUACGAUGCCACU